GGCUUUGGUGACGGAGCAGCGCUACUCCAGGACCAGUACCUGCAGUCAGCAUGGAAGACCAAUACUGGGGUCUUGGUAAGAAGUGUUGCUACCAAAUCAAUAUGGCACGAUGGAAGUUAGGUGGGUACUGUGUGUUGGUCUUCAUGUGUGUGUUGACUCUCUCUUUCCCCUAUAGCCGUGGGAACUAGACAGCUCUAUCAGUGCAGAGAACAGAGAGGUGAUCGAGAACAUGCUGCUGGAAGAACAGUAUCCUUCUCAAAGACCGUACACACACCCCUGGGAUAGAUUUUGAUGUGUUUGUUUGUCUGUCUUUCUUGAUAUAAGAUUGUUCUAGUCCUUAAGCACUUCUCUAGGUAUUAUUUGACAGGUAAAGAGCUGCCCAAGAGUGUGUGGGCCAACUCACCUAACUGCAAGCCUAAACCCAAAGUGAAGAAGUGAGUCAGUCGUCCCAUUUGUCCUUGUGUUGAUCUAAACCUCUUGUGAAAAUGUUCACUUCCCACCCCUCUGAUGUGUUGUUGCCUCUGACAUAAUACUGUUACUGCUGUGUUUUCACCAAGGUCUCCUGCCAAGCCUUCAGGUUCAGGCUCCUCUACAGCCACUCGCUGGUCUCAGCAGGAGAAGGAGCUGUUUGAGACAGGACUGGUAUGACCCUCUCUUUUCCUCUCCUCUCCUCUCCUCUCCUCUCCUCUCCUCUCCUCUCCUCUCCUCUCCUCUCCUCUCCUCUCCUCUCUAAUCUCAGAUGACACCCUACUUUUUAUACCCCCAGGCGCAGUUUGGCCGUAGGUGGACUAAGAUCUCCAAGCUGGUAGGCAGUCGGACCGUUCUACAGGUGAAGAGCUACGCCAGACAGUACUUCAAACACAAGGUAACACUGUCCUCUAGACGACAUCUCUUCGAGCUCAGCCAACCAGGAUAUAUUUGAGAGAUCCUACGGUCUCUGUCCUCUCUCACCAUAUCACUCUCCCUGUCCUCUCUGCCUACAGGCUAAAUCAGAGGGCAAUGCUAUUGCAGUGGCGACCCCUACAGCCCCGGUGGUUUUAGGCCAGGUCACAGAGACGGGGUCAACAGUGUCCACCUCUGGCCUGUCUGUCCCCACCCACCUGUCAGCUCUGACUAACGCUGUCCGGAUAGAGAGACUGGGGGACGAAGAGGAGGAGGAGGUGGACAUCACUGACGACUUCAGCGAUGAGGGUGGGAGUGGAGAAGGAAAUGGAGGAGAAAGAAGGAUUGAGGGGAUUGGCGAGGACCUCCAGGCAGGAGUUAGGACUGAGACACGUGAGCCUGGAGCGCCAGAGGAGCUGGACAACCAUGGAGAGACCCACCAGGUGCAACCCAACCAGACACACCCCAGGCUGGGAGAGACUGAUCAGGAGCAACCUAACUGUAGCCCUCCAUCUCCCCUCACAGCCCCCUGCCCAGCAGAGCAGGCCCCCAGUGGACAGUGUGAGGGGGGAACUGCUGAGCCCCUGAGGGAGUCUGGAGAGGAGACAGGGGGGUCUGGGUGGCAAGAAGCAGGGGAGGAACAAGGGGAGGAGUCUGAAGAGGAAGAGGAGGAGCUUACAGCCCCCGAGCAGGAAGUGGAGCUGGACCUGGCAACCAUCACAGAGGAGGAGAAACAAGCUAUCCCAGAAUUCUUUGAGGGACGGCCAUCCAAAACCCCAGAGAGAUACCUGAGGAUCAGGAACUACAUGCUGGACCAAUGGUAAACGCAUACACACACUGGACCCCAGGAAGAGUAGCUGCUGCCAUGGCAGCAGCUAAUGGGGAUCUAUAAUAAAUACAAAUACAAAAUACACACAACCACAACCAAUCAGAGACAUCAAGGUUUCACUUUCAACAUGCUUUUUGUGUAUGUUUGUCUCAGGUUGAAGAGUAAGCCCAGGUACUUGAACAAGACGUCAGUGCGUCCUGGUCUGAAGAACUGUGGAGAUGUCAACUGUAUCGGCAGAAUACACACCUACCUGGAGCUGAUAGGGGGCAUCAACUUCAACUGUGGUAACUAGGACUCACUACUAGUCUGAUUUUCUCUCUCUUUUUCUCAGUCUCGAUCUUUCUUGGUUAUGCUCAUUUUUCUGAUUUGUCUGAUCUACCCUGUCUGUUCUCUCCACUCUUCCCCUCCAGAUCAGGCAGUGUAUAACCGUCCCAGGGUGGUGGAUCGUUCUAAACCCAGAGAGAGCAGAGACACUCUGGAAUACCAGCUGGCCCAAAGACUACAGAGCAUGGUGAGUCAACCUCUGUAACCUCUGACCCCCUACUGUACCCCAGAACCCUCUAGCUGGUCCAGAUGAUAGAGCAUGGUGUGAGAACACCUAUCUAUGUCAGGUAUUUGUCAGACGUAGGUUUGUCAUUUAUAUUUGGUUUAUUAAAGAUUUAAUCUGCAUUUGGGGAAACAGCGCCACUGUUUGCUCAGAGCAUUUGUUGUUGUUUUGUUGAUGAAAUGGAGGAGAGGAGCGUCCGGCAGCAUGGGAAAAAUACUUGCAGUACAUAUUGUGCUGUUCUAUCCAUAGACAUUAAAACCAGUAGAUAGUGAUAGCGCGGACGUCAUCCAUGUAUUCCUGUGGAAAACGCGCGUGCCAUAUUACUGAAUGGGGCUGAAUGGCAACAACAAGUCACUAAGGAUCAUGGUGAAAGUGGCCGUAACUAGCAAAGGAUUAUGGUCAUUUAGGCGUUUUCAUCCUGCCAGAGAGUCAACUCUACGCUGCCGGCCCAUGAUUGGUCUGUGUCAGCACGUGGUCCUGUGUGACGACAAAUGUAGUAGUCAGAAUGGAUCACUAUUUAAUUAAAUGUCUCGAUUUGUAGCAAACUUUAAAAUAAUUCACAGUGGGGCUCGAACUUGAUCAUAAUAAACACAUUUUAGAGCCCAACAUUUUUUGAUUUUCGCCGUUCUGGCGAUCGUAAUUUACGUAGGCUUUCUAGGGCAGACCAGGGCUUUUGGCACCGCUAGGUAGCUACGCAGUGGCCAAACAGCAGAGCUCGUGACUUCACGCUCCAGACCGGACCCUGGGGAUCUGGUUCUAUUCCAUGUGCAAUGAUGUAAGUGGGGAAAAAAACGUGUUCGUUGUUUGCAGUAACUUCUUUGUUGUUGUAAUAUCUCAAACGGACGAGCAGUUUCACAAAAUAAGUAUUUUAUCUUUAAAGGUGCCUAUACAUGUCUAUUACAGUACUAUAAUACUUCUAUUACAGUUCUAUAUAAGGUUUAUCAUAGCUCUUCACCAGGUGUAUGUAGAAAGUUUGUCACUGCACAAGUACAGUGAAAUGCCUUUCUUUCUUGCAUGCUCAAACCCAGCAAUGCAGUAAUCAAUAUAGCACUAAAAAUAACAUACGAAAAAUGGAAAUAAGAAGAACACGAGAAAGUGAGAAGCUAUAUACAGGGUCAGUUCCAAUACCAUGUUACAGUGUGCAGGGAUACUGGAGUGAUAGAGGUAGAUACACUAUAUAUACAAAAGUAUAUGGACACCCCUUUAAAUUAGUGGAUUCGGCUAUUUCAGCCACACCCGUUGCUGACAGGUGUAUAAAAUCGAGCACACAGCCAUGCAAUCUCCAUAGACAAACAUUGACAGUAGAAUGGCCUUACUGAAGAGCUCAGUGACUUUCAACGUGGCACCGUCAUAAGAUGCCACCUUUCCAACAAGUCAGUUCGUAAAAUGUCUGGCAUGCUAGAGCUUCCCUGGUCAACUGUAAGUGCUGUUAUUGGUAAGUGGAAACGUAUAGGAUCAACAACUGCUCAGCCGCAAAGUGGUAGGCCACACAAGCUCACAUUACAGAACUGGUGAGUACUGAAGCGCGCAGCACGUGAAAAUAAUCUGUCCUCGAUUGCAACACUCACUACCGAGUUCCAAACUGCCUCUGGAAGCAACGUCAGCACAAUAACUGUUCGUCGGGAGCUUCAUGAAGUGGGUUUCCAUGAUCGAGCAGCCCGCACACAAGCCUAAGAUCACCAUGCGCAAUGCCAAGCGUCGGCUGGAGUGGUGUAAAGUUCGCCACCAUUGGACUCUGGAGCAGUGGAAACACGUUCUCUGGAGUGAUGAAUCACGCUUCACCAUCUGGUAGUCCGACGGACCGAAUAUGGGUUUGGCGGAUGCCCGUAGAACGCUACCUGCCCCAAUGCAUAGUGCAACUUUAAAGUUUGGUGGAGGAGGAAUAAUGGUCCGGGGCUGUUUUUAAUGGUUCGGGCUACAGCAUAGAAUGACAUUCUAGACGAUUCUGUGCUUCCAUCUUUGUGGCAACACUUUGGGGAAGGUCCUUUCCUGUUUCAGCAUGACAAUGCCCCCGCGCACAAAGCGAGGUCCAUACACAAAUGGUUUGUCAAGAUCGGUGUGGAAGAACUUGACUGGCCUGCACAGAGCCCUGACCUCAACCCCAUCGAACACCUUUGGGAUGAAUUGGAACGCCGACUGUGAGCCAGGCCUACAUCAGUGCCCGACCUCACUAAUGCUCUUGCGGCUGAAUGGAAGCAAUGUUCCAACAUCUAGUGAAAAGCCUUCCCAGAAGACUGGAGGCUGUUAUAGCAGGAAAGGGGGGACCAACUCCAUAUUAAUGCCCAUGAUUUUGGAAUGAGAUGUUCGACGAGCAGGUGUCCACAUACUUUUGGUCAUGUAGUGUAUGUAUAGGGGUAAGGUGACUAGGCAUCAGGAUAUCUGAUAAACAGAGCAGCAGCGUAAAUUAUGAUUGUGAGUGUGUGUGUUUGUGUAGAGUGAGUAGAAAUGUGUGUGCAUGUUAUGUGUGUGUUGGAGUGUCAGUGUGUGUGAGUGUGUAGAGUCCUGUGAGUGUGCAUAGAGACAGUACAAAAUACAAAUAAGAUACAAGAGUCAACUCAGAUAGUCCAUGUAGCCAUUCUGUUAGCUAUUUCUUUAGCAAAUUCUGUGGUCCUCUGUAGCUCAGCUGGUAGAGCACGGUAUUGGGUUCGAUCCCCGGCACCACCCAUACACAAAAAAAAUGUAUGCAUGCAUGACUGUAAGUCGCUUUGGAUAAAAGCGUCUGCUAAAUGGCAUAUUUUUUUAUUUAGCAGUCUUAUGGCUUGAGGAUAUAAGCUGUUCAGGAGCCUGUUGGUGUCAGACUUGAUGCACCGGUACUGCUUGCCUUGAGGAAGCAGAGAGAGCAGUCUAUGGCUUGGGUGGCUGGAAUCUUUAAAAAAUGUUCUGGGCCUUCUUUUCACACCACCUGAUAUAGAGGUCCUAGAUGGCAGGGAGCUCGCCCCAGUGAUGUACUGGGCUGUCCGCAUCACCCUCUGUAGCUCCUUGCGUUCGAGGGCGGUGCUGUUGCCAUACCAAACAGUGAUGCAGCCAGUUAAGAAGCUCUCAAUGGUGCAGCUGUACAACUUUUUGAGGGCUCAUGCCAAACCUUUUCAACAUCCUGAGGGGGAAGAGGCACUGUCGCUCCUUCUUCACGACUCUGCGCGUGUGAGUGGAUAAUUUUAAGUCCUUAGUGACCCAGGAACUUGAAGCUCUUGACCUGCUCCACUGCAGCCCCGUUGAUGUGGAUGAGGGCAUAACUAGCCUUUCAAAGCACUUCAUGAUUACAGAUGUGAGUGCUACAGGGUGGUAGUCAUUGUGGCAUGAAGCCUUGUGAGUGUUGAUCUGAUUUAAAGACCUUACUCACGUCGCCCUCGGAGAGCGAGAUCACCCAGUCCUCUGGGUCGAUGGGGGCCCUCGCGCACGGUUCGGUGUUAUUGUCGAAGUGUGCAUAAAAUUAGGUGUCUGUGACCCGUUAUAGCUAGCUGUAUGACAUGUUGAUUGGUUGUGUAUUGUAGCGAACCAGGAAGCGUCGUGUGAGGGAUGUGUGGGGGAACUGGCGUGACGCUAAAGACCUGGAGGGACAGACAUAUGAGCACCUGAGUGCAGAGGAGCUAGCCCUGAGGAGAGAGAUGAGGAGACCGCAUAAACCCUGUAAGGUCUCCAGGCACAGAGGGUGAGUGGUUGGUAUAUACUACCAAUGAUGCCUGUGUGUGUUGUCACGAAACACUGUGGAUCCUUAUAAAUGUGUACUGUACCUUACAUGCAAUAAAUGUCUCUCUCUCUCUCCAUUGUCAGGUUGCUGGAUCCGUUCCAGCUGAUUCCGUGUCGUGAGUUUGGAAAGGAAAGACAGGAGCCCUUCCAGGUGAUAGUAUGUGCCGAGGCUCUCCUCAUCAUGGACAUGGUAGGUACACACAUCUACACAUGUAUUUAACAAAGCAACCAUGUUCACACAUGAACACACAGACAGAGAUAUCAGUGUGCGUUGUUUACCAAAGUCUUAGGGCUCAGUGUCUUUGUGUUUGUAUUUUUACCCAGCAUGCCCAUGUGUCGAUGGGUGAGGUCAUCGGGCUCCUGGGAGGAGCCUACAGCGAGGUGGACAAGGUCCUGAAGGUGAAACUACCACUUCAUGAUGAUGUUGACAAAGAAAAUGCUGAAAACUAGUCUAUCCUGUGUGUGUGUCUCUGUAUCUACAGUGCAUUCGGAACGUAUUCGGACCCCUUGACUUUUUCCACAUUUUCUUACGUUACAGCCUUAUUCUGAAAUGGAUUUAAAAAAUAAUAAUCCUCAUCAAUCUACACACAAUGCAGCAUAAUGAAAAAGCGAAAACAGGUUUUGUUUGCAAAUUAAAUAUUCAGACCCUUUGCUAUGAGACUCGAAAUUUAGCUCAGGUGCAUCCUGUUUCCAUUGAUCAUCCUUGAGAUGUUUCUACAACUUGAUUGGAGUCCACCUGUCGUAAAUUCAAUUGAUUGGACAUCAUUUGGAAAGGCACACAUCUGUCUAUAUAAGGUCCCACAGUUGACAGUGCAUGUCAGAGCAAAAACUAAGCCAUGAGGUCGAAGGAAUUGUCCGUAGAGCUCCGAGACAGGAUUGUGUCGAGGCACAGAGCUGGGGAAGGGUACAAAAACAUUUCUGCAGCAUUGAAGGUCCCCAAGAACACAGUGGCCUCCAUCAUUCUUAAAUGGAAGAAGUUUGGAACCACCAAGACUCUUCCUAGAGCUGGCCGCACGGCCAAACUGCGCAAUCGGGGGAGAAGGGCCUUGGUUAGGGAGGUGACCAAGAACCCGAUGGUCACUCUGACAGAGUUCCUCUGUGGAGAUGGGAGAACUUUCCAGAAGGACAACCAUCUCUGCAGCACUCCACCAAUCAGGCCUUUAUGGUAGAGUGGCCAGAAGGAAGCCAUUCCUCAGUAAAAUGCACGACAGCCCGCUUGGAGUUUGCCAAAUUGCACCUAAAGGACUCUCUUUGGCCUGAAUGCCAAGCGUCACGUCUGGAGGAAACCUGGCACCGUCCCUACUGUGAAGCAUGGUGGUGACAGCAUCAUGCUGUGGGGAUGUUUUUCAGCGGCAGGGACUGGGGGACUAGUCAGGAUCGAGGGAAAGAUUAACGGAGCAAAGUACAGAGAGAUCCUUGAUGAAAACCUGCUCCCGAGCGCUCAGGACCUCAGACUGGGGUGAAGGUUCACCUUCCAACAGGGCAAUGACCCUAAGCACACAGCCAAGACAACAGUCUCUGAAUGUCCUUGAGUGGCCCAGCCUGAGCCAGGACUUGAAGCCGAUCGAACAUCUCUGGAGAGACCUGAAAAUAGUUGUGCAGUGACGCUCCCAAUCCAUCCUGACAGAGCUUGAGAGGAUCUGCAGAGAAGAAUGGGAGGAACUCCCUAAAUACAGGUGUGCCAAGCUUGUAGCGUCAUACCCAAGAAGACUCAAGGCUGUAAUCGCUGCGAAAGGUGCUUCAACAAAUACUGAGUAAAGGGUCUGAAUACUUAUGUAAAUGUAAUAUUUUCGUUUUUUAUUUUUUAAUAAAUUUGCGAACAUUUCUAAAAACCUGUUUUUGCUUUGUCAUCAUGGGGUAUUGUGUGUAAAUUGAUAAGGGGGGAAAAAUACAAUUUAAACCACUUUAGAAUAAGGCUGUAACAUAACAAAAUGUGGAAAAAGUCAAAGGGUCUGAAUACUUUCCGAAUGCACUGUAUUGGUGUGUGUCUCUAUGUGCUAGAUUGUUGCAGCGGAGCCGUGUAACAGUGUGAGUACAGGUCUGCAGUGUGAGAUGGACCCUUUGUCUCAGACUCAGGCCUGUGAGCUGCUGUCUAGCCUGGGCUUGGCUGUAGUGGGAUGGUACCACUCUCACCCCACCUUCCACCCUAACCCCUCUCUACGGGAUAUACACACACAGGACCAGUUCCAGGUACGUACAGGUGUGUGUGUGUGUGUGUGUGUGUGUGUGAGAGACACUGUGUUCUGACUCUCUCUUUCUCUCAGAGUUAUUUCUCUCGAGGCGGAGCCCCCUUUAUUGGGAUGAUUGUGAGUCCGUUUGACCCUGCUAACCCCUCCCCCCGCUCCCAGACCACCUGCCUGAUGGUCAGAGAGGACCAAGGACCUGGACCACAGAGUAUGACACACAUACACCUCUAAACAUGAUCCCUUUCACAACCUCUAAUCAACUUGGUAAAACAAUAGAUAUAGUCUGAGCGUGCGUAUUCAUCCUCUCUCCCUCCCUCUACCUCUCUCCUUCCCUCCCUCCCUCCGUCUCUCAGAGCUGCCCUACAGGUUUGACUACCAGUGUUCCCAGCAGCAGCCUGACUGGAGCCAGCUGAUGAGGAGGGCGGAGUGGAUCGUCCACAAAUAUAAACACGCCCAUGGCAGUGUCCAGAUGGACAGGCUGUUCCGCAGGGACUCUCAUCUCACCUGUCUGGAGAAGGUAGGUCACCUUGUCUCUAGUCACUCUAUCUUACCCUGUCUCAUAUUGCUGUCUCAGCCCUCCUUCUCUCUGCUUGCUGUCGGAGUCCUUUUUCAUCUUUCUCUUUCAUCCCUGCCUCACUUCCAUCUCUCAACCUUGUAUCCUAUUCCUUUCCAAUCCCUGUCUUGCUCUCUCUCUCCUCCCUGUCCCAACCUCCGUCUCUCUCUUUCUAGAUGAUGUCAUCUUUAGGGAGGUAUCUGGAGCCCCUGCUAGAGGAGGAGGGAGACCCCUUCCUCUCCCAGAUCCACACUCUCUUCCUGUCACACUUUGUUACCGAGAAACCCAGAGACCAGGAUGAGGGUGAAACCUCUGACUCCUCAGAGCCAAUCAACACUCAUGCCUUCCCCUUCGCUCAGCCAAUCAACGUCCGAGGAACAGACGACACAGGAACACAGGAAAACUGGGAGAAUGAAUCGAUCUCGCCAAUUGAUAAUAUAGAAACGCCUAAUAUAGAAAAUACUAACUCACACACACCUAAUCAAGAGAAUUUACAUCCAAUACAGUUUGGUUCUGUGUUGUUGACUGGUCAUGAUUAUCUAUUCUGAAUCUAAUAGAUUUCUCUAUUUAUCCAGUUCGUAAAGCUGCAAUCAGCUGUUGAAACAAUAACAAAGCGUUUU